GCGUCAUGGCCGACCUGUCUGAUCCUGACUUGGGAGCAGCAUAUUACAGGUCUAGCGACCCAGUUAAAAACUUAAAGAUACGUGUGAAGUUAAGCAGAAUUUCAUCAUCAAACAUUGUGCCACAAAGUAAUCUAGAACAAGAUGGCUCUAAUCUUGAGAUGCAGAAGGUUCAAGAGAGCAUGCAGGACAUUGAAGAAAGGGUGUUCAACUGGCAGCAAAAAGAAUUCAGCAAGCGAGAAGUUGGAUUUUACCAAAACAUUGCAAACUGCACAACACAGCUAGAGAAAGACUACAAUGCUCAAGUAACAGAAAUUCUGAGCAGAGGUCAACCAACCAACAGAUUAUUUACAUACGUAGACCAUGAUAAUUUCUCACAGCAAGAUGAGGCUGUAUUUUUCAUGACAAAUUCACCAAAGGAAACACCUACAAUCCUAGCUGAGAAAAUGGCACAUCUACGCAGACGAAAAAUUGGUGGUGGCAAAAAGUCGAGAGAGAGGGGUAUCGCUUUUGUCCCCAAGCUUAACAUCGUGGAGGAGACUCCAUCUGAGGAACUCAGGAAUAAGAACCACAUCAUGGCAGCCCCAGCACAAGUUAUGUACAUCAUGGCCGACCUUGGCCCUAAGGACCGACCUUAUGAGGAGGGGGAUGAGGUGAUCCUGUGUUCACUACAGCUGGACGCUAAUGGUGUUCUCUGUAUCAGGCCAGACUUCAACAGAGGGAGGAAACCUUAUGUUGCCGAGACAGCUAGUCUGGGAAGAGAGGUUUUUGAAUAUACCAUUGAACAUGAUUCAAAAGUUAUGAGUAGACAAGAUCAGGACAGAGAGAUGAAGAUGUAUAGAGAAGUUUACAGUCGUCAUAAAGACUUCUUGUCAGCGUGUGUCGGACACGAAUUUGAACUCCCUCCUCCUGAAGUGUUGCGGCUUAUGGUCUGUGGUGAAAUAGAAAGAGCCAAAGAUUUUGAAUUUGAUGAUCUAUACAUUCACUUCUUUGUUGAUAUACCUAAAAAUUGGAAGGUUGAUAGACAUCAGCAACUAUCUUGGGUUACUCAGACCUGUGCUACGAAAGUGGAAGGCAGGGAUGAUGUAGCACACUUUAGUUUCCCUUUUGAGUUUGAAAUGUUUUACAAAGAUGAAACUUACAUUGAAGAAAACAAAGAUCCAUUUCCCCAUUUUCCAUUCAUCCUUAUGGAGGUAUUAUCUCUGGAUUCCUGGAACAGAUUCCGGACUGAGGGCUACACUUAUUUAGCCAUCCCACCUCGUCCAGGAGUGUACAAGGAGACUGUCCAUUGCUGGCGACCUUUAGGGCCAUCUUUUGUAUCUGAGAUGAGAAGGUUUUUUAUUGGUGGAUCACCAGAGCUGGAGGACCCUACAUACACGGCUAUUCCAUCCACUUUUGAUGGACCUCACUUGAGCAAGUAUGGAUUCCGCACAGAAACGACAGGAAGUGUAGACGUUAAAUUCAAUGUGAUAAUGCAGUCUAGAUUGUUUUUGGAAAAGAAAGCCAGCAAGAAGUCACUAGGUUCUCUCUUGGAUACACUUGGUAUUAAUACAGUGCAACAAAACAUUCAGUCUGUCUUAGAUGCAUUCAAGAAAGCCAGACAAAGGAUGGUGAUUGCGAGAGAAAAUGCCACCAGAGAAUUGUUAAAGGACUCGAAACACAGAGACGAUCUGUUUUCAAGGACCAAUAAAUCUAUAUCUAUGAUUGAAUUAACACUGAAUCUUUUUUUCUUUUUUGUAGCGAGAAACAUGCAUUCUGGGGAAGAUUCUGGAACAGCAAAAACUCCCCCCAAAAAGGAGAGGAAAAAGAGAGGAGAAGCUAAGAAAGAGCCACAGAAGAAGUCUCCUGACCCCAAAUCUUGGAAAGUGGCAGUUGAUAUUGUUCCAAGAGGUAGCACCUUGGAGCAAGCCAGAGUGCCUCAAAUGACAGAAAGGAAAUUAAAUGAUCAAGAGAUGCAGCCUAAAAUGGCACAGAAUGUGUCAUCUUCCCAGAUGACACCAAGCAUGCAAGGUGUCAGUGUACCUCUAUCAACUAUUCAGCAUGGAAGUGUAGCUCCCAUCCAUGUAAUGAGCAGUAGAGAUGACCACAGCUCCUACCACAGAAGCAUAUCUCCAUCCAGGCCUCAAGGUCCAGGAAGGGUAGUUCAAAGGCCAAUUCAACCUCAACAGCCUCAGUGGGUUCUCCAGGGGGUACAUAGCCAACACAGACCCAGUGUACCUCUUCCCAAACCAGUCCCUCAACAGCAGGUUAUCCGGGAGCUCGGACCAGUGGGUAAACAUGGAGGGGAGAGAAUUGUUUUGCAGAGACAUAUUACUCCUCCCAAUUCAGAGGGCUCUGGAAUGCUGAGACAACAACUCUUCCAAAAAAUAUCUCAUUACCCAGAAACACAGAGUCAUGAAAAUGUGUUUAGACAGUAUCAACAAGGAUCUGCCACAAGUAUUGCUUCAUCGGUUCAAGGACUGAUUGAGCAGCAUAGCAAAAUGACAGAGGCUGGUCGACAAAGUGGUGUCAAUAAAGAUAUACCAGCAGCUCAUUCAGUGGAGAGAUUUUCUCCAGGUCCUCAGCAGGUUUCCACAAUAAGAAGAACUCCUUCUCCAGCUCACAUCCAAGUCGGGAGAAUAUCCCCAGUACUUUCCUCUGGCCAGCAAAGAUCUCCCGGGCCAUCGGCAGACAGGACAACACAGCCUGUGAAUUUAUCUGUGUCUGAGAUCAGGGACACGCUGGCCACAGCAAGGGUGACCAAGAGUCAGGCAGGAACAUUAUACCCAGGGCCUGUACACAGAGUUACCAGCUCAGAGGAGGAAAGUACUUCUGGCAAAGAUAUGAUGAUAUUUGCUCAAACCCAGGGUGAUUUGCUGAAGCAUGCACUGAUGACAGGUGCCCUGCCUCCUCAUGUCCAGGGCAGUAAUCUUUUCCAGAAGUCUCCCCACAGAGAGCAGUCAGUGAGUCCCCAUCAUAAAGACACAGUUGGGAGUCACAUUUCCAGGAGAACCCCCAGUCCAAAUCACCCUAGUCGUGUUGAUAUGGGUCGUGUAUCUCCUCAUCAACAAAGACAUCCAUCCCCUCAACAGAGACAGAUCCCCCCUCAUGACAGGUACACAUCCCCCCAGCACACAUCCCCCCAGCAAGGCCUGUCCUCACCCCCACAAAGACAAAUUUCACCAAACCCCAGACAGAUAUCCCCCCACCAGAAUCCCCAACAAAGAUACCCCAGUCCCUCUCAUUCACCAGGACAAAUCAGAGUGGUAACUGGUGGCCCAGGAGGGAGGGAUUCUGUCAGCCCAGGGAGUACUGGUGGGAUCAGUAUUCCAAGAAGGACACCCUCACCAAAACCUCAACACAGGCACAAAGAAUCUAUGGCAGCCCUAACAAAUCCAAGGCCUCAGGUUCCCCCUUCUACAGUGAACGUUGGAAACACCUCUGUUCCUAUUCGUCAGCCUUUUGUAAACUUGGUACGCUUGCAAGAGGUUCCAGGUAGUGGUAUCUCUGUGAGUUCACAUUCUGUGACACAAGUUUCAGCAAGACCUCCGGAUGUAUCUGGGACACAAAGACAGAAUCCUGUGCUUCAGACUCAGCUGUCUCAAGGAUAUGAACCACAUAUAUCCCCUGACAACAAGCAGAAAGAACAAGUACCAAUACCUACUCAAAUGCAACCUCGACAGAGAAACCCCUUUACAUUUCCUCCACAAAUGCCAACAUCAUUUUCUCAAGUGAAUCCCCAUGCCUUCUCCCAGUACAAGGACACUGUAGCCAAACACCUGCCCCAGCUUGAUCAGGAACGGAGGAGUUUACCCCCAGUCAGAAGUGAAGUGAAAAGGAGGAGUCCUGAUGAAAUGCCUAGGUUGACCCCUAUUGACCCAAUUAAUUCUGAAUAUCAGGACCCCAAUGCAGAGAUGGUGGAAAUGGAAGCUCCAUUCAGUAAAAGAUUACAGAACAUAGCUAAUCUCCCUACGAGUUCCAUCAACAGAUCAACAUACCGAGCUCACAGUGUAGCUGUUCACAGGGCAAAGGCUGGGCUCAUUACAAGCACUGCAAAAUCUCUGGACAUCUUAAGACAAAACUUACAGAAAUUCAUCAACAAAGAAAUUGAUGUCAUCAUUCAAGAUUACAUGGAGAAAUUUUUCAACCCAGGGAUAAGAAAUAUAAAGCUUAACAAUGGAGAGAAUUCUGUCAAUGAGGAGCAUGUACAGGCUGUUUGUAGACAAAUCUUAGAGGAGGCCAAGAAAAUGUACUGUACAGAUCAAAGUUUUACUCCCACCAGACCAGAAAUAUCGGACACGGUCUCAGAAACAGGCAGCACAGGAAGUAGAAGGAAGAAAGGCCGACCUCCAUUAUAUGUUUCAGGAAGGAGUACUCCAUCUAAAACUGUGAAGACAAAUGAUCCUAUUAAGCGAGAAGGACCAAAGUGGGAUUGUGACAGGCUAACUACUGAAACUCUCUUUGUAAUGGGUGCCAAGGCAAAUAAGGCACUUGGUUUGGGGGCAACAAGAGGAAGAAUUUACAUCAAACAUCCUGAGACCUUCAAGUACUCUGGUGACCAGGAUGAUAAGGUGUGGUUGUAUGAGAAUCAACACAUGCCUGCCACUGGAGGGAAGACUUACAUGUUGAUAUUGGAGGACAUCCGAGACCUGGCUCUAGAAGACGAUUAUAAAGACAAUCCUAGUGUACAUGUGAACAGUCUGAAAGGCUUCUCUGUCCCACAGUGGAUGAUAGACAAAAUCAAAAUUCAAAUGGCUGCUCUAAGAACAGACACAAAUAAACCCAAAAGUCGCAGCAGGUCUAACACACCCAGCGACAUUAGGACAUCAGGACAGGAGGAAGAAGAUGAGGACAAUGCACAGAAGAUUCCUUUCUCCUCGUUUGUUAGUCCUAAGACUGAGGACCAGGAUCCUGAUAAAGAUGAGAAGUCCUCUUCAGCGGACACAGAGACUGAGUUCUUCUCUGGAAAUGAUAAUGACAACACAAGUAACAUGUCUCCUUUCAACAUGACGGGGGGAUUUGAUGAUGGCCCCUCCCCUAACUCAGAGCUAGAAAACAUGGAGGAUGAAGAUGGAACCCUCAGCUGAGACUUUUAAUCUGUUGUUACUGAUAGCUAAUUAAACUGGUUCCUUUAUUGAUAGCUGAUUAAACUGGUUCCUUCACUGAUGGCUGAUUAAACUGGUUCCUUUAUUGGACAACGAUAGUCAGAGCAUAUUCUGGAAUCGUUUAAUGUGGAUGUCUACAUAGAACAUGGGCCCUUUGGUUCUAAGCUUAUGUUCAGAGAUGCUAGGAUAAAAGCUGAUAAGCAGGAAAUAUUAUUUAUGAUCUGUUUUUGGGUCAACACUAUUCAAUCUUGAUUUAUGAAAUAUAGUUUUAUAUUUUAUCAAAUCAGUGGUAUCUUCACUUUAGAUCUAUUUAUGAAAAAGGCACUGUGCUAGCCUAGAAAUGGAAGAAUCUGAAAAAUAUUUUUCUGUAUUAAUGAACAGAAGUCUAUUGUAUUUUGAAAGAUGUUGACACCUAUAUGUACAGGAUAUACCUGGCAACCUAGUGGGUAUUCUUUCAUUGUCUUUAUAUGCUUACAAGAUAUCUAAACAUUGAGAUAUAUAGUGCAGGAUUUUAUAGUGCAAUUUGUAUAUCUUAAAGGACAGACAGUACAUUCUUCAGUACAUGUAAUAUAUAAUUUUUUUUUAAGAAUUAAUGAUUCAAGUAUUGCUUGUUUAACAAAUUUUCUCAUAAAAAGUUGAGGUAUGUUACCAGGCAUUUGUGCAAGAUAUCAGAGAAGAGUAUUAGCUAUAUAAUUAUACUGGAAAUCUCUUAAGUUGCUGACAUAAUAAUUUUUUGUUUAUAUACAUGUAUGUUUUAGGCAUUAUGAAAACAGUUAAGAAAUCAGAAGAUAAUAAUAAAUAUCAAUAUUUCUGGUAUAUUAUGAAGUGAUACAUGAAUAUUCAAUUAUUGUAUCAUCAGACCUUAAUUGUUGACAAAGUUUUAGAUAGACUGAAAUACAUCCAGGUUUCAUAUAUACAUGUACAUUUUCACUGUAAUAAGUUGACUGCUUAUUUUUAGAUCAAUUAUCAAGUAAAUACAUGUAACAAUUGAUGCUUUGAAAAACGUAUUAUCCAUUUUUUGCACUCGACAUUUAGUGCAUAUAGAUACUUCUAUUUGGUUUGAAUAUAUACUUAUUUAAUUGUAUACAGUUUUAUCUUGGAGAAAUAUUUAUUUAUCAAUUGUAGAAAAACUAGAAGAUGUUACGUUUAAUGUCACUGUAUAUAGGUAAUUUUUUAUGACACGUUUCAUUUUCUCUUUUGACAGUAUUUGACAAAAAUUCAGCAGCACAUUUAUUAUGUAUCGAAAUAACAUGUAAAUAUUAAAGAUAUUCUUUGUUAGUUGAAAUAAAUCCUGUAAAUGUGAUUGUGAUGAAUGGCUCAUAGUAUGUUGUUAUUUUUUUCAUUUCACAAACAUUAAUACACCUGCUCAUAACAAACAAUGGCAUAUAUAUGUAAGUCUUGUUUUUGAAAUGUCCUUCAAUAUUAAAUUGACUUCAAAUAUUUUUACGAGAGAUUUGAAUGUUUUAUUAUAAAAUUGUACUUUUAGUGUAUAGAUGGGUUCUUGCUCUGGCAAAGACCCACUUGUAAAGAAAAAUGUUGUUAUGUAAUUAAAUGUUGUCAGUUUUGCCACUUUGGAAUUUGAAUGGUAUUUUGUAGAUAAAUAUCUUAUGAGUCAUUUCUAAAGAGAUUGUAAAGAUU